CGCCCAGGUGCCCUGGCUAUUUGUCUAUUUUAUUAACACCUUUUAAUUGUUGGAAAAAUCCUUUCUUGUUCUGUAACUUCUAUUCUUUGGUCCUCGUUCUGCCUUUUAAAAAAAUAUUGAUGGGAUUUAUUCCCACAUGGCACUCCUUCAAAUACUUGAAGCCAUUGUGGUCCUAGUUAAGUUUUUUAUUCUCCUUUCCAAAUCCACAGCUCCUUUCUUCUUACUGAUUGAAGGCCUGUACUGUUCUAGUUGCCUUCUCCCCAUGGAAGAGCUUCAGUUGGCAGUUCCUGUUUAGAGCGUGGUACUUAGAAAGGUCUACUGUUAGCUUGUGGUCUGACCAGGAAAGAUGCCAGUGGGGCUACUUAACUACCUUCUUCUAAUCUGGGUACCGUGCUGCAGUUCGUUUCUACGGAUGUGACCCCAAAUUCCCGCAUUAUUUCGAUCCUUAUGUCAAACUUCUGCUUGAUGCCAUGAAGCACUCAGGUUGUGCUGUUAACAAAGAAAGACACUUUUCUUGUGAAGACUGUAAUGGCAAUGUCAGUGGAGGUUUUGAUGCUUCGACAUCUCAGAUUGUUUUGUGCCAGAACAACAUCCGUAAUCAGGCCCAUAUGAACAGAGUGGUCACCCACGAGCUCGUUCAUGCGUUCGAUCACUGUCGUGCUCAUGUCAACUGGUUCACUGAUGUCAGACAUUUGGCCUGCUCAGAGGUUCGAGCUGCUAACCUUAGUGGAGACUGCUCACUUGUAAAUGAAAUUUUCAGGUUGCAUUUUGGAUUGAAACGACAUCAUCAGACUUGUGUGCGAGACAGAGCCAUUCUUUCUAUCCUGGCUGUUAGGAAUAUCAGCAAAGAAGUAGCCCAAAAGGCUGUUGAUGAAGUUUUUGAAUCUUGUUUCAAUGACCAGGAACCUUUUGGAAGGAUCCCACAUAACAAGACUUAUGCAAGAUAUGCACAUAGAGACUUUCAAAAUCGUGAUCGGUAUUACUCAAAUAUAUGAAGACAAUGACAUUUUAUAUUACGGAGCUUCUGUGAUCAUGAAGAAAAUAUGGUUCUUAAGUGGACAAACGUAUAAAAUAUAAAUGAUCAAUUAAAUAGAGGUAAAACACAGAAGAUACUGAUUCUAGCAUACGAUCAGAAAAAGUAACUGUGGUAAAAGGGAAACUGCCUUAAACUCCAAGGCAAAAAUUGUAACUUUAUAGUAAACCAUUUGAUAAAUAAGGCAAAUAAAUUACAUUUUUGUAUUUUCUGUGUUAUACUUGUGUUUUUUAUUAUUUGUGUGUUUUUUUAAGAUUGUGAGUUGUUUUUGUUACAUAUUAAAAUUUGGUUAUGAAAACUG